CACUGGGCAAUGAAAUCGCCAAUCGGGGAUAUAUCUACUCCGCCUGAAGAGAUCAAGGCUCCGCGAAACGUCAAGAGUGGUGUGAGCCGGGAAAAGGACACCAACAACCGCCACUGGGCAUCCUCGUGGUUCUCUGCACUAUGUAUCUCAUGGUGGCCGGGUUGCAGCACAACUACAACUACUACUUCAAGCCGGGCGUGGCUGCCCUCGAUCUGAACCAUCGCACAGCCAGUGACUCCCUGCCAGAGGCCAUGGAAGAGGAGCAGGAAGCCAAGGUUCCGGACACAGCUUGCCAGCAGAUGGAUAUUUUCGGCAGGAAAUCGGGUCGGAGUCCAUCAGCUCAUCCAGUUUCCAGAAAAUCCCAGGGCAAGCCUGCCAAGCGAAACAAAAAUGCCACUGGAAACGGGGUUAGCAAGCAACCUCGUUUGGCCACUUCCCUGGAGGGCAGCAAGAAAAAGGACGCGACCAAGAAAAGCAACACGGCGGAGCCCAUUAUCUACCUAUUCGCCCUGGUGUUCAUCUAUCUGCUGCUCAAGGCAGCCUCUGACAUCAAUCAGCACUACAAAUCGCAGAACAAAGGGGACAAACGACUGCGCCGCUGCUCUCUGCAAUCCUAUGCUCAAAUCCACAAGCAAGAUCGGCGGGCUUCAAAAGUUGAGGAGUCCCCUGUCUUCCGGCGCAGGCAUGUCCUCGGUGAAGAGCGUUCCGUGUCGGUGGAUCGCUACAAGUACACGCAAAACGAGGAGGGAGGGUUCACAAAGGCGGCUCCGAAGGUUCAGGAAUACCAUCACCGGGUCAUUUCACCCUUGGCCAGCAGGCCAAGUCACCCGCAUCCAUUUAGGCCGGGUUCAGGAGACACUCGAUUUGAGCCACACCUUAACCGACGCUCUUCGGUCCCGAUCAGCAUUAACUAUCAAACGGUUCACGUGUCAGGGGCAUAUCCACCCGAACUGGCAAGACGCGGCUCGGUGAUAAGCCUCACUGGUCAGAUUCCAGACCUUAGUGGCAUGCCCGGCGGAGCUGUUGACCAAAAACGCCGCGUCCGAAUGAUCAAUCGUCAUUAAGGUCGAAUAGCUAUCAGGGCAAAACCCAUCGAAACUGCAAAGAGACUACAGAAUUU